AUCAAAGUGGUUUGACACUUUGAAGUAUUUUGAAUUUAUUUCACUAGGUUAGUAAAAUUAAGAAUGAAAUUUAUGAAGAUUUUUAUUUUACGUAUGAAGUAAAUUGAAUUUAUUAUAAAUAAUGGUGAUUUCUAUAAAUUUAUUUCGAAAUUUUGCCCGAAAAAGGCCAUUUACAUCGACAAUACUCGGUGUAACUGUACUUGGCUCUACUGCUUAUGCAACUAUACUACCAGACCGAUUUAAGCAUAAUAUUGGCGGUGGACUUCGUUUUUUACGAUCUUUUCGAAUUGCAGCAACAAUAUCGGGUGAUUAUUUCAUUUCUUCUAUCGGUUUAAUCGAAGGAACUUCAGAGUAUGAGGAAGGAAUGAAAAAAAUUCAUGAAAGAUCAGCUCAAAGAAUUUUAAAAGGAUGUUUACAGAAUGGGGGUUUAUACAUAAAGCUUGGUCAAGGGCUUUGUGCCAUGAAUCAUCUUUUACCCAAGGAAUAUGUAGAAAUUCUAACACAAUUACAAGAUAAAUGUUUAACCCGAAAACCUGAUGAAAUACAUGAUUUAUUCCUUGAGGAAUUUGGCAAAAAACCUUUAGAAGUUUUUGCUAAAUUUGAUGAAAAUCCAAUAGCUGCAGCUAGUUUAGCACAGGUUUUCAAAGCCAAAACUAACGAUGGUGAAGAUGUAGCUGUUAAAGUUCAAUACAUUGAUUUAAGAAAUCGUUUUCAUGCUGAUAUUAGAACAAUUAAAAUUUUACUAUUAUUAAUUGGUAGUAUACACAAAAAUUUUGAUUUUUCUUGGGUAUUAGAUGUUUUACGUGGUAACUUAAUUCAAGAGUUAGAUUUUAUUGCUGAAGGAAAAAAUUCAGAAAAAUGUGCUAAAGAUUUAUCACAUUUGAAUUACGUUUAUGUUCCAAAAGUUUAUUGGAAUUUAACAACCGAGAGAAUAUUAACAACCGAAUUUAUAACAGCGUAUAAAAUAAGUGAUUCUGAUGCAUUAAAAGAAAAUGGAUUCUCUCUAAAAGAUAUUAAUACAAAACUAUUUCAUGCGUUUGGAGAACAAAUAUUCCGAACAGGAUUUAUUCACGGAGAUCCACAUCCUGGCAAUGUUUUUGUUAGGAAAUAUAACGGUAAAACUCAAUUGGUGAUUCUUGAUCAUGGAUUAUACCAGCAGUUGAAAGAUGAAGAUCGAAUAGCAUUAUGCCAUUUUUGGAAAAAUGUUGUUUUACGAAAUGAAAACAAUAUGAAAUAUUACUCUAAUACGUUAGGAGUCGAAGAUUAUACAGUUUUUGCUGAAAUUUUAUUACAAAAACCGUAUACAAUUGGUGGAUUUAAAGCACACAGAUUAUCGCAUGAUGAAGUUGAUUAUAUGACACGUCAAGCUAAAGAGCAUUUUGAUAAAAUUAUGAAAAUAUUACGAACGAUGCCAUAUUCUUUACUAUUAGUUUUCAGAAAUUUAAAUACGUUACGAGCAAUUGCCAGAAUGCAUGGUGAUCCGGUAAAUCGGCAUAUAUUAAUGGCAGAAAUAGCAUGUAAAAAUGUAAUAACAAAAUCUUCGAAUUCUGUUUCUAUGAUAUCCAAAGCCACGAACCCAAUUCGUAUAAUACAUUUUAAAAUCUGCUUAUGGUUUUCGAGUUUCCAAAUAAAAUGUUUGAUUUUAUUCUUAAAUAUAUAUAAUUUCUUUGCUAAAAACCAAGAAUUAAAAACUAUUACAUCCACUCUCUCGUAG